AAAGACGGAUAACAAAGUGUGCACAACCCAUUUUGUUUCAGAGGGCUGAUUCACAGAUCAAGUUCACAAUGCAGCUUCACGGAGUUCUGAUCCUGUUUCUCUCAUUCUCUGCAGCAUGUGGAUUGAGAUGCUACUCAUGUGUAUCAACUGCAUCUAACUCCUGCACUGACAUUGCAACUUGCCCUGCACAAUUCGACAGAUGUUCUUCUGUUGAAAAAGAUGGAGUGGUUGCCAAGGCCUGCAUGCUCAGUUCACUCUGCAUUUCUCCCAUAAAGUGCUGUGAAACGGACUUGUGCAACGGUGCCGUACCAACUGGCCCUGGUGUCAUCCUGCUGCUCCUGUCUUCAGCCCUUAUGACGCUCUUUAUUUAAGGCUCUGAAAUCAUGAUCCUGUUCUGGUUUAUUGUUUGGUCUCUUAACAAUUAAUCUGAGGUGUCAGCAAACAUGCAAAUGGGACAGAAAUACAGCGUUUUUAUUCAUCAUGUAAUACACAUGUCUCUUUUAACAAUAAAAAUGUAGUGAGGUAAUAAACUAAUGAACUGCUCAAA